CCAUAUUGUUCGCUGACCUGUGCAUUUUGUCCGAACCCGCGGUUGGAUCUACAACUCCUUGAUCCAUACCCUUUACCACGUCAGUGACGACCAACGCAUUAAAGAUGAUCCCACGACGGUCGCAUACCAAGUCUCGGAGCGGAUGCCGGGAAUGUAAACGUCGGAAAGUCAAGUGCGACGAAAGGGCUCCUUCUUGCUUCAACUGUGCCCGUCGUGGGAUGACUUGCAGCCUGACAUCACCCCGGCAGUCCUCUAAGAACACAGAACCCGUCAGGCGGGCUGGGAUAGACGAGAGAUUGCCUGAGCCGAGUCCGCUUAGCAAUGAUGCUCCGUCCCUGAGUGAAGUUUGGGUUGGCUCCCUGCCAAGCCCCCCUGUCGAGUUCCUGAACCAUGGAUUGGAAUUGAUGCACCACUACUCUACCAUCACGGCCAACACCCUUGCCCUGAGGCUGGACAUGCAGCAUGUCUGGCGCAUGGUUGUCCCCGAGAUGUCAUACAGCACUCCCUUCCUCUCCCACGGCCUACUGUCCGUCGCCGCCCUGCAUAAAGCUCACCUGCUGCCAGCAAGAAGGGACAAGUAUCUAGAUCUCGCAGCCUAUCAUCAGACCCGCGGCAUGGAAGGCUUCCGCAGCAUAUUUACCAGCAUUAGCGAGGAGAACUGGAAACCUGCGUUCUGCUUCUCAUCCACAAUCGUCAUGUACGCGUUUUCUCCCACGGGCCAGACCGAGGAUGCCAUGGCCGAUAUUCUGCAGCUCUUUGUCUUGAUCCGUGGUCUUCGGUCUAGUCUGUUGGGUGGGGCAAGGGAGCUCGCGGGUACCCCGUUGUCCGCAUGGUCACAUGGUAUCUGGAUAAUAGGGGAGGAUGACGAGGCCUCUUACGAUUUUGACCCACCACUGGAUUAUAGUGUUCUGCCCCUGGACACAUUUAGGGCACUGCGGUGUCUCUUCUCCUUUUACCGUACUAAUCUUCCGGAUUCCAAUAGGGCGGACUACGAGUUCGCCACGCUGCAGCUUCGAAAGUCGGCGAUCCUCAUCGCGCAUGCCGGCCCCCAAGCAGAGAUCGGCAUGGUCAUGUUCUUCCCAUAUGUUAUAUCUACAAAUGUCAUGUCGGACAUCCAAGCUAACAAUCCCUACGCCCUGGUUCUGCUGUCAUACUUUGCAGUGCUGCUGGUCUUUGUUGAGCAGCAGUUUUGGUAUGUUAAAGGCUGGUCCAGGAGACUCCUAGAGGCCAUUGACCUGCUGUUGGAUAAUAACCCAAAGUUUUUAAGAGUGGCAAAAUGGCCAAAGGCUAUAAUAGCUAGAUUUUAUAGAAGUCAAUGAAGUUGCUGGUAGAUAUUAUAUUUCAUUAAGUAAAGACUAUCA